AAAUCACAAUAACCCAAAACUUCUACAAUUGCAUAAUAGUUUCACCUGGUUCUAUGUCGCGUCGGGGAGGGUAUAAUCGCAAUAUGGCACGUUCGCCAGCCCAUACGCCCACUAUGAUCGUUACGCCGAUGCCACGCCGCUCCAUCUUCAGGGACGCGGCAGCAGUCGCCGGCGGUGUCACAGUGGGCACAACUAUGGGCAACAUAGCGUCAAAUGCGAUAAGUAGAUUAUUCGGCGGCAACGGGCAACGUUAUGAGCGAGAAGUGUAUACAGCCAUGCCACGUGACUACCAAGUCGGUGCUCCUCCUUCGGGACCUUGCGCAUAUGAAAUAGCCCAAUUCUUGCACUGCGCGACUACCCACAAUGAAUUGGAAGACUGUCGGGCAUUCAAUGAAGCUUUAAAAGAAUGUAAAUGGCGGAAUAAGCUACCCUAGCAGCACCUAUUCACUUCAAGACAAUCAGCCCUCCAAGCAUCCAUCAACCAAAUAGCGAAUAUUAAUAAACACUCAAAUCAUUUCACGCGUUUGUUUUUGACUAAUAGAAUAAGG